AUGGAACAAGUCUCGAUCGGCGGCAGCAGAUACUUACUGCUUGUGGUUGACGAAGCCAGCGGUUGCAUGAAGGGCUUCUGUCUGCGGUCCAAGUCUGAGAGUGAAGUCUGUAUCAAGGACCACAUCAUCAAGAUUCAAACUCAGUUCGGCACGAAGAUCAAGUUUGUUCGGCACGAUGGAGCGCAUAAGUUUGCGAUCAACUCGAUCAAGACCUUCUACGAAAAUCAUGGUAUUGAACAACAGAUCACGGUGCCGUAUGCACACCAGACCAACGGCACCGCAGAACGCGCGAUAAGGACCAUCGUCACGAUCGGACGCAGCUUGUUGCAUCAUGCAAAGCUGGAGAAGUGUUUCUGGGCUGAAGCGGCAAUGACGGCGAUCUACAUCAAGAACCGCCUGCCUUCACCCAAGAUUGACCACAAGACUCCGUUCGAGAUCGUGUACAAGUCGAAACCAAGUGUCAAGCACAUGCGCGUGUUUGGAUGUCGGGCGUUUAUCCUGACACCAAGGGAGAAGCGAUUGAAGUGGGACCCGAAGGCUCGUGAAGGGAUGUUCAUGGGCUACGAAGAAGCGUCAAAAGCUUAUCGAGUGUACGACAUUGAGGCGGGCCAAGUGGUGAUCAGUCGUGACAUCACCUUCGACGAAUCGACUUUUGACUUUUCGAUGGACCGACCAAGUGACGAUGAUGAAGAUGUGGAGUUGGACCUCGACCUCCUGGCGAUCAACGAGGACGACGUGCGUCAAACCGUCUACAAGCAGACUGACAAGCGCAAGAGUGAAGCAAGACCCGGCAUGUCACGUUCAGCUCGCCCUCGAACUGGGUUGGAACAAGCAAGUGCGCCGGAACACGUCUCCAACCGUCACCAGAAACGACGAUCAAGUGCUCCAGAAACGAUGUCUGAUGACGAAGAAGAUGCAAGCGUCUACGAUCAAGAUGACGACUCGACGCCUCCAACAUUUUGGCGUGCAAGUGCAAACGCAGUGGAAGCAACGGACCUAGCAGAACCUGUGACUUUUCAAGACGCGAUCAAUGGUCCUGAUCAAGCUCACUGGCGAAAUGCUGUAUAG